AUGUCAGAAGGUUCUAGCAGGUUGGAAGAUCCAAAGAUUAAGAAGGUAAAACGGAGCCAAUCAUCAUCUAAUGGUAAAGUGACCUGUAAUAAAUUUGAUAAGUCCAAGUUACAGCCAUGUCCGAUUCUUAGACCUACUAUUAAAGAAUUCAGCAAUCCCAUUGCUUAUUUAUCACGCCCUGAUAUUGCUCAACUUGGAUCUCAAUUUGGUAUAGUGAAAGUUGUUCCUCCUGUAGGAUGGCAGGCUCCCUUCUCCAUCUCAAAGCAGUUCAAGUUUCAUACAAGAUUCCAGAAGUUGAGUGAGCUCGGGAUUAUCAGUAGAUCCCGGAAGUUUUUCACCGAUAAUUUGAACCGGUAUUUGAAGAUGCACAAUCAACCUAAAGUCAGAUGUUAUAUCAAUUGCCGGAACGGGAAAAGAGUGCACUACUAUGAUUUAUAUUUGGCAGUUCAGAAACUUGGAGUUAACCUGGAGCAUCUUAAUGACCGACAUUGGAAGUCGUUGUGUCAAACUCUUGAAGUCGAUGUUUCAAUGGCUCAAUUGCUUAAAUAUGAGUACAAUUCCAAGAUUAAGGCCUAUUCCCAUUUCCUAUCGUCUUGUUCUCUAGAUACCUUUAUAGAUGAAGAUGGAGAACGACCACAAGACUUUGAAAGUCAAAAUGAUAGUGAUUAUAUUCGUUCUGAUGAUGAUGAUGAUGAUGAUGAUGAUAAAGUGACAGAUGACCACUGUGUGGUUUGCCAUAAGAAUGAUAACCCAGCACGAACUCUUUUAUGUGAUAAUUGUGACGAUGCUUAUCAUAUGUACUGUCUUGAGCCACCAUUAAAGGUAAUACCGGAAAAUGAUUGGUUCUGUAAACGGUGUUUGGUUGGAGAUGGAGCUUAUGGUUUUGAAGAGAACACUGACCAUAAGUACACCAUUACUGAGUUUAUUGAUAACUGUGUUGCGUUUGAGAAGCAGUUUAUUAGUAACCACAAUAAUAAUCAACCACUAACUAUUGAUAGCAUUGAAGAGAAGUUCUGGCACUUUGUUAACUUGCAACGUUCAGAUAUAACUGUCGAAUAUGGAGCAGAUAUUCAUCAUAUGAAACAAGGGGAGAUCUCUGGAUUCCCCAUGGCUGAAAAGGGGGAUUUAAUGAACCCUUUGAGUUGUUCUUAUGUUGAUCACCCAUUCAAUUUAACCAAACUUCUGUAUGCUUCAGGAUCACUUUUGAACCAUAUCAAAAAGACAAUUUCAGGUAUGACAAUCCCUUGGAUAUACAUUGGUUCUCUCUUACUGACGUUUUGUUGGCACGUUGAAGAUCAUUAUACCCUUUCGGCCAAUUAUUGUCAUUUUGGAGCCACUAAGAAAUGGUACGGGAUUCCAAGUUAUCAUGCCACAAAGUUUGAAGCCUUGAUGAAGGAUUGUGCUCCAGAUUUAUUCCAAAGACAACCUGAUUUACUCCAUCAAUUGGUAAGUUUGCUUUCUCCCAUGACCUUAGUGGACCAUGGCAUCGAUGUGGUCUAUUGUGACCAGAACCCAAACGAAUAUGUCAUCACCUAUCCAAAAGUAUACCAUGCGGGGUUCAAUUGUGGAUUCAACUUCAACGAGGCAGUGAACUUUACGAUGGACUCCUGGUUACCGUUUGGAGAAGAUGCCAUAAAGAACUACAAAGAUAUCCGGAAGGAGAAUGUUUUUGAUCACUUUAAAUUAUUGGAGAAUAUUCUUAGAGAUUGCAUGAGACAUCCUCAGCAGUAUUCAACUAAAGGAGAGUUCAUUCAGGGGUGUCUCCGGAGUUUUGAAGAAUAUAUCGAUACGCAAAUCCUUUUGAGUGGGAACUUGAUUAAGUCCGGAGUUGUUAGGGAAAGAUAUGUUAAACCCGAACAAGAUGAAGCAAAUGAAUAUUCUGAAACAGAUGAUGAACCUACGUGUGGAGUUUGUCGAACAUGUAUCUCGUACCAGUACUGUUUAGUUGACAACCGGUUACACAACUUUGGAGCAGUUGCCCAACUGCUAGGAAGAAAUGACCAAUUGUUAACUCCGGACAAUACACCUAAAGAGAUGAUUGCUAAUCGAGACAAUAUGGGGGUUGUAACCGAGUUAAGCUCAAGUCAACGGUUACAUGAAGUGAUCACUUCUGAUCCGUAUUAUGAUUUAGAACAGGGUGUAGUUAAGGGUAAACUCUGUGUCAUGAGAGAAUAUGAUGCUCUUAUUGAGUCUGCCAAAAGAUCAGCUGAAGAUCUGGAGAAAGAAAAUGCUAGAAGCAAACGGAGGAAGUCAAGAAGAUUGGAACAGAGAUUGAAGGAAUCAGAUACUACUGUUGGAGCUCGUGAUGGUGCUACCAAUGCAACUUCUGCUUCUGUUGCUGCUGCUGGUACUACUGAUAUCAAACUUGAACAAGUAGACCCUCCAUUGAUGAGUUCCGUUCGUCCGGGUAACUUGUUCCGUGCUUCUACUUUGAAGCUGUUAAAUGAGCAUGAUACGUUUAAGGUUUGUGUUGAGUGCUUAACGAACUUACAUAACGAUGGAGUCAUCAAUGAGCUUCCAGUUGGCUCUAAAAUCGUUGAGGAACGUUCCUUAAGACACAUUAAACAAUUAAAUCAUACAAUUAAGACUAUGAAUAUAUGGGGAUAA